AAAAUAUUUAUUCAAAAGUUUAGGUGUUAAAUUAAAAUUUUAGUAGUUUAAUGAUCAAUUUAAAAAUAUGACAUUCAUGAGUGACUUGCAGCGUAAUUUACCCUAAAAUAAAAUCAACGCAGGAAGAUCCUAUGAUUGGGUAUCGCUUCUUCUCAACGCUCUAGCCAUGUCGAACACCGCUGAAGCACAUAUCCUGGUCUACCCGUUUCCAACGUCGGGCCACAUCCUCCCAUUCCUUGACCUUACUCACCGGUUACUCACCCGCGGCCUAACGAUCACCGUAUUGGUCACCCCCAACAAUCUCCAUCUCCUAGAUCCGCUCCUGUCACGCCACGCGCCCUCUUCUCUCCAACCAUUGAUUCUUCCCGCCCUCGACCCUUCAACAACACCCGGCCUCCUUGCCAUAAUGCAUCGCUUACGUGAGCUUCACUAUCCUGCGCUACUCCAGUGGUUUCGGUCCCAAGCUUCUCCUCCUGUUGCUAUUUUCUCCGAUUUCUUCCUUGGUUGGACGCAGAGUCUCGCUUCUGAGUUAGGAGUCCGACGUAUCGUCUUCUCGCCCACCGGCUCCUUCAGCUUCUCCAUGAGCAUUUCGAUGUGCCGCGAACCACCGAGGAUCGAUGAUCCCGAGGACGUAAAUCAUACGUUGUCGUUUCCCAGAAUCCCUAAUUCUCCAAAAUACCCCUUGUAUCAAAUCACCCGUCUUUACAGAUUCUACAAAGAAUGGGACCCAGAAAAGGAAUUUUAUAGAAACAACUGGUUUGAGAAUCUUGAAAGCUGGGGAGUCGUGUUCAAUACCUUUUCUGACUUAGAGAGCAUUUACAUUGACCACAUGAAGAAAGAGAUGGGCCAUGAUCGGGUUUGGGCGGUUGGGCCCGUAAUGAUGCCGGUCGAAGAUGAUGCGUUGGACCCAACGAAGCGCGGUGGUUCCAGUUCGGUUCCAUGUCAUGAGUUGAUGGCGUGGCUGGAUGCGCGCGAAGACCAUUCGGUGAUCUACGUGUGCUUUGGGAGUCGCAUGGUGCUGACACGUAAGCAAACCGAUGAGCUGGCGGAGGGGCUCGAGCAAAGCGGGGUCCAUUUCGUUUGGUGCGUGAGGGAACCCAUGGACUGGCAAGCCUCAGGCGAUCACGGCGUGAUUCCGGUGGGAUUUGAGGAUCGCGUGGCGGGGAAGGGCUUCUUAAUCAAAGGGUGGGCCCCGCAGGUGGCGAUUCUUAGGCACCGAUCUGUGGGCGCGUUUUUGACUCACUGCGGCUGGAAUUCAACACUGGAAGGGAUCACAGCGGGGGUGGUUAUGCUGACAUGGCCAAUGGGUGCGGACCAAUUUACCAAUGCCAAGUUAUUGGUUGAUCAAUGGGGGGUUGGGAUCCGAGUGGGUGAGUCGACUCAGAAUAUUCCCGAAUCAAGCAAGUUGGCUCGCGUGUUGGUUGAGUCACUGGAUGGGACCAGACCAGAGAGGGUUCGAGCAAGGAGGCUGAGUGAAUCGGCCUUGGGUGCAGUUAAAGGAGGAAGCUCAGACAAAGAUUUGGAUUCGUUGGUUAAAGCGGUUAGUGAACUAAAAGCGAAAUAGGGGAGCAAUGUAAUAAUAACCACAAGUUUCUGACUAUUUGUGUAAUUGUGUUGUGAAUGAACAUUAUUCCAUUCAUUCCAACAUGUCUGAAUCGUGUUUGUUUGAAUAUAUUUGAAUCGGGUUUCCUUUGGACCGAA